GUGGUUGCAGUUUCAGAUUAUCAGAGUUUUGAAGGCUGUCUUCAAAACUCUGGCUGUGUUUGGUAUUGACUUGUGCUUGACUUCAAGUUCAAAGCGCGUUCAAAGCACUUUUAUCUUGAUAAAUAUUGAAUUAAGUUUAUUCUCGGAACACGCCUUGGUGUGAACUGCUGUCACUAUUCGGGUGGUUCAUUAGUGAGCAUGUUAUCAUUGUCCUCCAUUCGGUUUCAUUCCCGAAUCACUCAGAUUUGAAUGGGAUGCGGGAAACUAGAUAAAUACAGCACCGACUCGGCUCAUGAAGCCCAAGGACAACAUGGCGAUGCCGGUGAAGAAGAAGAGGAAGUUCCCUGGCGCGGAGGACCAACGGAUCAGAAAGUGUAAAAUCACAAGCUUCACGACAAGAACCCCGCUCCAUGGGGAGCAUGUGCUGGGCCCAGAGAAGACCUUCUCCACUAAGAAGUGCAUGGCCUGGUUCCAGGUGUAUGCCGGUCCAGACCACGUCCUGGGCCCAGAUGGAAUGGAGAAGUUCUGUGAAGACAUCGGGGUGGAACCGGAGAAUGUUGUCAUGUUGGUCCUAGCCUGGCGAUUACGGGCUGUUAAUAUGGGUUUUUUUACUAAAGAAGAGUGGCUCGAAGGAAUGUCCUUAUUAAAGUGUGACAGCACAGAGCGGUUACAGAGCAAGAUGGAGGACCUCCGCUCUGGCCUGAACGACGCAGCGCUCUUUAAAAACAUCUACAGAUAUGCCUUUGACUUCGCCAGGGAUAAAGACCAGAGAAGUCUGGACAUGGACACAGCCAUGUCCAUGCUGGACCUGCUGCUAGGGAGGACGUGGCCUCUCUUCCCCCUCUUCCACAAGUUCCUGGAGCAGUCCAAGUACAAAGGGAUGAACAAGGACCAGUGGUACAACGUCCUGGAGUUCAGCCGCACCAUCAGCACAGACCUCAGCAACUACGAUGAAGACGGAGCGUGGCCCGUGCUGCUAGACGAGUUUGUGGAAUGGCAGAAGACUCGGCCGAUAGCCUCAUAGCGGUGGAUCUCAACCAAACCAACCCUGAGGAAGAGGGGGGGGGGGGGGGUGGGGUGGGGGGGGAGACGCUCGCUCACUCACUCACUCACCACAAAACGGAAACAGAAAAACCAGGUUGAGGGUUCUCAGCUGUACUCUGGACUACAGACUCAUCCGAUGAACUACAUAAACACUCAUGCUUAUGGGUUACAAGCACAUGCAUGUACACACACACACACACACACACACACACACACACACACACACACACACACACACACACACACACACACACCAUACUUGCAAACACUCACGCACUCCACAGAUCACUCAAUGGCCCUGUUCACUCUCCAAGCAGCCGUUUGAGCCGUUAAUCUCAUGAGAGACUUUAUACAGUGUUAAUUUAAAAAAGAUCGGAAAAAUAAUAAUGGGGCGGGGGUUGGUACGUAGAGGGUUGGGGCGGGGGGGGGGGGUUCAUAUUUCAUUUGUAACCACGGUUUAUAAUGAGUAUUGUAAAAUCGGUUGUGGAAUUGAUCCGUUCUGUAUAAUUCUAGGUUUAUUCCCUUUUUUGAGUCUUAAUUUGUUUAUAGUUUUCAGAAGAAGAAUAAAAAAAGCUGAAUUGUGUUAAA